AUGUUUCAUGUAAAAUCAAGACCUCCGCCUGAAAAGAAAGCUGAGGGAGCGCAGAACCAGGGGAAGAAAGCUGAGGCGGCGAAGCCGACUGCCACUAAGGUUAAUGAGGGAGCGCAGAACCAGGGGAAAGUGAGGGAACUUCAAAUCAAAGUGGAGAUACGUCUUCAGGUUCAGCAAGUGGAAAGCCUGCUCCAGGUCCGCCUUCCGGUGGUCACGGAGCCACAAGUCCGCAAGGGCCUAGUGGUGAUAGAGGACAGCAAAGGCCUACUGAUCCAGUUCCUACGGUGUCUUCUUCGACUCCAGUUCGAACAGAUCAACAAGUUGUUCAAGUUCAACACUCUGCUCCAGGCCCGCAAGGCCUCUCCUCCGCCGCCUCCUCCCUCUUCCUGGACCGCCUGCCCUCUCUGGUCAGCCAGGUGUCCCGGGUUCAACGUCCGAUGA